AUGGCAUCAAAAUACCUUACUCUUCUUACCAUUUUGGUUUUGUUCUUGUCUGCUCUCGGUUCAUUUGCAGAACCUAUAAAGCGUCAAGAUAAUAAUAAUUGUGUGACUACUUCCACAACAAGUUUCACUUAUACAGCAACUCCUACAGCUGGCUGCACUGUAGUUGCCAUGGCACCCACUGUUACAGCUGUCAUUUGCGGCAAUUGCAAUUCUUCAGGUCCAGGAGGUCCAGGAGGUCCAAGUAGAAGAUCUGAAGGCUUCAACUUCUUUGGAUAA